AUGCCGGUAUUUGAAUGCAUCUCCGCUGCUGAGUUCGAUUCUCGCGAAAUACUUGAAUUGCCUUCCUCCGCUGCUACAGUAGGUCGAUACCUCGCGUUGCAUGACAAAUUUGACGCCUUCGAGAACAUUGCAAUAUCCCUCGCAACCUGGCUGUUCUACUGCAGUGUUGUCGUUCUCACCUGCACUCCCCUCGGGCUUUCAUAUUCAGGCCUCAUCGCUAGCAUUACAGACCUCAUCACCGUCGGCCUUGUCAAAAUGUGCCUCCUCUGCAUUUCACGCCGGUGCAAACGCAGAAAAACGCCCUGCCGUACCAUCAGCGUCUACGUUGUGCAAGAACCUUCCAAAAGGCAGAUCGCUAGCAUCACUACGGCGACGGGGAAUCCUGCUCUACGGAAUCGCAUUCACGCAGCUGUGGCAAAGUUGGUGCGUGAUCAAACAAAAUUCAUAGCCGUUGCCAUGGCGAAGAGUCUGGAGGUGUGGGAGAGCGCCGCGGGCAACUCACCUCGGGGCGUUGACACACACAAAGUACUCAACCCAGCCAAAAUCACACUAGUCAGGGCGAAUGCCGAACACAAAGUAGCUCAGUCCAAAUCUUUGCUCUUUUCUAUCCUAUUCACCAUCUGUGUCACAGAAAUGGCACAACAAUCAAAUUCCACCUCUCAGUCAUGCAAUGUUCCCACCAUUCAAUGCACUGAUGCUCACAAUUGUCGCACUGACAACGGUCAAUGUGAGUUGCACGAUGCACACAACAACUACACUGUCGAUUCGUGUCCUAUUCACCAGUCAGUGUCGAGUACAGCACUUGACUGCGUCCCUCCACAUUGUAAAUCCGUUAGAUCUCAGCUUGCUGUACCUCAAACUCACCUCUACCUCGAGAGAAACGAAGCACUCUACACCGUCACCUGA